AUGUCCAGCGUAUGGGGGGACCAAGAGGAAAUCGACCUCUCAGCUCCCGCCCUCCCGCAUGGUCAAAGUUUCGAAGCCGAUGGGGAGAUCCUUUUCUGCGUCUUCCGCGACUCGAUUGACGCGGCUAUUCCAGGCAUUCUUCCACUCAACACGGUCGUGGAGCAGGCAUGGACCCGACACCCGAAUUUCCUUCCCGUUAUGAUUCCGACCUCUGACAAACAGAACAAACGCGUUCUCAUCCCCCGGCUCGAAUUCGUAGACUACGUGGCUCCUGACACUGGCAGACGAGACGCAAUAUCUCCCAGCUAUGGCCCCGAUAUCGAUUCAGAGUCAGACCCUUAUCUUCGUCGCAAACAUCCCCCAUAUGAAUGGUUCAUGUACACAACUACUGCCCAUGAAAUUGUUGAAGCCAUGCUUCCCCUCGACGAGGAGCAUAGUGGCCCGCGACGGCUUCGAUACCUGGCGCAGCAACUGAUCACCUUUGGCUUUCGAUCCACUCAACAUGCCAAGGCGGCGCCGUUGUUAGGUCGGGCAGUAGCAUAUACUUUGCAAAGUUGGUGCAGCAUUCGCAGGCUCGAUGAAGACGAGGUGUGGACGGAAAUGUCGAAGUUAUUCGAGGAUGCGAUUGGUGAGUACACCUUCUCGAUAUUCUCCGACUUCUGGAGGACUGGUGGUGCUUGCCGUAUGGCACUGAGCUGUUGCAAGACCUAUUUCGAGCUCAUGCGUCGGGGCCAGCGUCUUGCGCAGCUACUCGGCUCCCUCUUUGCGUACGACUUACUGGACCCUAUGACUAUCUGUUCUGCGAUCGAUAUCUUGAUCUCUCCCGCAAACUCUUCGAUCUAUACUCUCAAUGCUCUCGCUGGCUUGGUCUCUGGGAUCGUGGACACUCCGCGCCCGUUCUGUUUCGCUCAGGAGCUAGUAGCCAGACGUGAUCAGAUAGUUCGAACGGACGAGGACGGACGGUAUGCCAUGUGGUGUCCAGGCUCUGUUCGCAAGUUUGACGCGGACCAACACAUCGUGUGGGUCAGACAUUGGUUAGACCGAUGGCUGGAGGUCCAGCAGCGUCAACUUCAACAGGACCGAGAUCACCCAAUCCAUACGCUCAGGUCAUCAUACGGAGAGUAUGAUCCAGAUGUCGUCGACCUGUCCUCUCCACUACCUUCACCUCAUCGCGGCCUCGACCCACAGGCGCCCGCGUUCACGCCUCGCCUCAACUUCGCCGCUGCGGCAGCUGCCACGUCGCCUGUCGUAUUGUACAACACAGAGAACAAUUCCCCCUCGUCGAUCGCUACCCGAACAGAGUCUUCCAUUCACAUGGUACGGCGAUCUGCUCGUUACGAAGAUGCGGUCUCUCCUUUGUCAUUGUCCUCUCCACCACGCGGCGCGACCCCCACGCGGAGACCCCCUUGGCUCACCGACUCAGACGACGAGGCCUCGGGUUCGUCUGACUAUGCGGACUCUCCUCACAGCGGGUCUAUCUAUUCCGACGAUGACGACUCCAUUGGCAGCUACACACCGAGUCUCGCCGCUCAGAUGUCCGAGGAGGACGAAGAUCGAGUAAGUCCAGCCCCAUCUGCCGUCGUCAGCGAGGAUUCCGUGGAAGAGGUAUUCCAUUUGCCUGCUAGCCCCACGCCUGCACAAGGAUCGCUGGCGAGGGCAAGGGAGAGGUUGGCAGAAGAGCGGCGCCGUUUUGGACAGGCAGUGUUCGAGGCUCAGGUUGGGCACGGUUCGGGAGAUUCUGGAUAUGCUGACUCCGCCGAUGUGUCAAUAGAGGGUGAUUUCUUAGGGCAACCUACCGGGAUGAACGAACAAGAGGGCGAUUUACCGGCCGUUGAGUAG